UCACGGCUUCGACAUAGUUUUCUGAAUGACAUUCAGUGCCAUCAACUCUCCCUUGUACUUUAAGAUUUGCGCGCUUCUGAGAAUGAUUCCACAGGGAUAUGAAUGGACGGGCGAUUGCAUUGCCAUGUUGGAGAGAUGGGUGUUUACUGUGAGUGGCGCAUGAUUUUGAAAAGUGGCUGGCGGCUGGGAAAAGAAUGCUUUUGCAAUGUUGUUUCUUUGAAGAGCUUACGUUCCGUUACUUGCAUUAGUAGCCUUAUCUACAGUUACAUGCCAGAAUGAACACUAGAAGAAUGCAAAGAUAGGUAGUCUCGUUAUCAUGUUAGCCU